AUGUGUCUGGGAGGUCAGGAUGAGCACGAGAAAAUGCCUGAGAAUGUAUGGACUGUUGGGAUUGGGACUGUAAACCCGAGCGGAGUUGGGACCGUCAAUUUCUCGACCCGAAGCUGCAGCUGUCAGAAUUUCGCGGAGAACCGCACGCUUUGUACGCGCGUGGGAUCAGCACGUUCGGACUGGAAAUUUGACUGUCCUCAGGCAAUCCUCAGCUCGUCCCAGACGCGACUCGACCUCCCUCGUCCGCCGCCAGAUGCGCCUCCGCCUCUUUUGGCAACGCUUAGUCGCAGAUGCGUCAUUGAAGCCGCCACCCGAGAUUGUAGUCUUUUAGAAUGUACAGAGCGCACCGCGACUCCGCGCAACCUACCAAUCGCCGCUGACUUGAUUCGUAACGUGAAAGUUAUUGUCACGGUGGCAAUAUGCCUCAAAAUCCCCCCUUGUGCGCUGUCGAGCAGCUAUUUUGAAAGCAAUCGGUCAUCACCGGCUUCUUUUCAUGUCUCGACGCCCUCCACCAGCAGCCACCAGCGCAUGACUUUCAAAUAAUAUCUCCAAGCUUAACGAGAGCAUGUAACAAAGAUAGAUUUCGAAUUGUGACACUUCGGAAACUACAGGUUACUAUAGAUUCAAUAAAACAUGUUAAUUGCGCAGGCCUGCUUCACAUUUCCCUUGGCU